AUGGAUGAUAUUGGAAGUCUAGCAAUCAGGUGGAUACAAGGUUGUACAAACGACAGUAUCGAGUUUGUCAAUAACAAAACGGUAUGUUACAAAUGUGGGAGUCACAUCUGUUUUCUGAACCUGGAGACAAAAAAGCAAAGUGUGUUUCAGAGUCCUGGCAGAGGUGUUGGUGUAUUGUCAGCCAAUGGCAACAGCGGCAUUUUUGCCUUCUCCGAGGAAAAGCUAUCCCCAUCUAUAUUUGUGUAUGUUUUCCCCGAGUUUCAGUUGAAGAAUGAACUGAAAGGAGCAGCACAGAUGAACUACACAUCCCUGACAUUAAGUGAUGGUGGUCCUUAUUUGGGCUGUUGUUCCUCCCUGCCAGACCACACCAUAACAGUGUGGAACUGGGAAAAAGCUGAGCCAAUUUGUACACAACCACAAGCUGGGCAGGAUGUCAUUUCUUUGGUGUUCAACCCUCUGAGUUGGCUCCAGCUCUGUGCUCUGGGCACUACAUCCCUCACUGUCUGGAAUAUUGAGAAGAGUGCCAGCUUUCAUGUCCUGAAACCGAGUGUGAUUGAGCUUCCAGCAUUUGAUGGUUCCUUUGUUGAGAGUUUGGUGCCCACCUCUCAUACUGUCAGUAACACACUGCCCUAUUUCGGUCCUGAGAUGCCUCCAUCGGCCAUCUCAGGGCUCAAGGGAGACCAGGCAGAAAGCAUUCUGACUAAACUCUGCACCAAAGCCAGGAUAACUCUUACUGCCAUCUGCUGGACAGCCACAUCAGAGCUGUAUGUCGGCUGUGCGGAGGGUUUUCUGCUCCUCAUUAACCCAGAGAGUCUCUCUGUCUCAGUCCUCUUCAACCCCACAGCUGCUGAUGCCAUCCCCGAACUUAGACAGAGUGGCUUUCAAAGUUUAACCCUUAACAAGAAUGCUUUGAUCGCUGUGGGAAAGGACAGUGUGGUGCACUGUCUGCAAAUCAAAGCGACCCAGAUCGAGAUAACACAAACAUGGCAACUAGAAGGACCUGUCACAAAUGUGAUCUACUCCCCUGACUAUGAAACAUUGCUUUUAUCCUCUAAUACUGGGCAAAUCUACAUGUCGCACCCAACCCAGUCGGACAAGAUUGUAAAAGUCGUGGAUGCUCUCAGCGGCAACUUUGUGGCAGCAGCUUUGUCACACACUGACAAGAACAUUUGUGUGUCAGUGAGGGAUUGUGGAGCUCUGCAGCUGUGGUCGGCUGAUGGCAUUUGCCUCGGAUCCCUGUCUCUUCAAGCUGAGGUGACAAGUCUGGCCUGCUGUCCUGUUGCAAAAUACGCAGCUGUUGGAACAGCUUCCGGAAAUGUCCUCUUCAUUGACCUGAACAGGGAGCAGCAACCUCGCCUGGUGUACCGUGUUUGUCUUUACCACACUCCUGUGGAUCACCUAGUUUUUGAUCAGGAGGGGCACUACCUUCUCACCGGUGCCUCAGAUUCACAUAUCUAUGUACUAGAUGCAAAGCCAUCAAGGAGGUUUUCAGUCAUAGGAUACACAGUUGCUCCUGGACCCAUUUUGUCACUUUCCACUCAGUGCAUCAGAGACUGUGAGCAGGUAAAGGUUCUUGCACUGUGCACUGGAGCGGAGGACAAAAGUCGUGAUGGUAGUCUGCUCACAGUGUUCUCGCUGCCUGCGAGGGAGCUUGCAGGUCCAGAUUGUGUAGACCAACACAGUUGUCUGUCUGCUCACAUCCUCAAAGCAUCCACAUAUGAAGUGUCUCAUCCACUUACGUCCUGUGUUCUGGGAGACAAUGAGAUCUUUGCGUACUGCCACAAGAAGAAGACUCUUCAGCAAUUUCAGCCUCCUCAGGACACAGACGGUGCCUCCAGUCAACAGGUGGUCCAGCUCAAACCAGAACAGGAAGUGAGAGGUCACCCUCUGGGCCCUGCCUCUCUUGUUCUGUCUCCUCACCACUUAUGGCUGGCUACUGCAGGCCGAGAUGGCCUCCUACGCAUCCGAGAAACUGCUUCCAUGGAGCGGUACACUGAACUGCAAUGUCAUUCAUGCAGUCUGGGUGGAGUUCUGAGCGUGUCCUUCUCUGCAGACAGUAAGACACUCCUCACUGCCGGCCUAAAAGAUGGCUCUCUUGUGUGCGCCGAUCUCAGAAUUAAAGAUGUGGAUGCUGGUAAGGUGAAUGAAGCGGCUCAGUACAGUCAGUCUAUGGAUCAUAUUCUGAAGCACACGUUCAACACAGAGAAUCGCAUCCUCACUGAGUUGUCCGUGUGGGGCCAAAGUUCUCCUACUGGCACUGUAAACCCAAAGCAAAGUGAGGUCAGUGAUGGAACAGAGACUGUGGAUGUGACAGAGCAGGAUGAGCGUUAUAACAGCUUACUGUGUGCUCCACGUUCGCACCCCACCUGGCUGGAAAGCAGGCGAGAGGCGGCUAUAAAAGAAGAGAAUGAGCAAUAUUCUGAGACGAAGGAAAACUUCAGGAAAACCUUCAAAGAGUUACAUGAUACUAUCCAGGAGAUGAUGCACAAAAAUGAGAACAUCCCAGAUAUUGAACGUCUGGAGCAACAGGAGUUCAACCUGGAUGAUGAGGAGCAGAGGAGACUGGAGGCCAUGGUAGAGCAGGAAGUUGCACGGGUGCGAAAUGAAGUCAAAUGGGAGAUUUUAGCAAAAUGUUACCUGGGUGAUGUCCAAAGAAGAGAAUGCUGGGAUUCAAUGAAGGUCAAAGGCAAGGCCAUUAAGGCCUUUCACUCUGAACAUGAGGUGAAGAAUUACCCUCUGAAGGAGCGAACAGAGAAAGAGGUGGAGGACCUCCGCAGGGUUCAGAAUAUGAGGAAGAUUGAAGAGGCUGCCUGCACCCAGAGCAGCCGAAAGAAAAGUUCCAACACAACCAGCACGAAGGGUGCCGAGCAGGGAAAGGAAGGCCACACGGCAGAAAGUGCUGCUGUAACGGGAAGUUUCUCCGCUCAGUUAGGCUAUUCAAAUCCCUUCAUCUACGAUCAGUUCUGCCUGAAAACCACAGAACAGAAGAUCAACCAGAUAAUUCUGCUACAGGAUGUGAUUUAUCGCAUCAAGACAGCUUUCAACACUGACUUUGACGCCGUGCACAAGCAGAAGGUGCAGGAGCUGAACCGCGUGAGGGACAGAAACAAACACAUCCGGGAGAUCAUGCUGGAGCUGGACAUGAACGAGAAGCUAUGGGAGCCCAGCCUGACCGACAGCGAGCAGCCAGAGAGGCGGCUCACCGUGGACGACUCCGAGAUUAAAACAGAGAAGUUUCUCACCCCAGAGCAGAAGAAGGAGGAGGAGAGGAAGAGGCUGGAAGAGCAAAAACGUUUGGCUGCCAAAGGUGAUAAUGUCAGAGUCACAGCUCUUGAUGACAUGAUGAGUGGAGUGCUUGAGGUGAAAAAAGAGGACAUCUUGAAAAUGGAAAUACCUCCGCCUGAGUUUGUUUUGACCAAACCUGACGUUCACUGGACUGAGGAGGAGAAGAAAGCCUACAAAGAGUAUGAAAAGAAAACCAAAGACCUGAAUGAGGAGAAGGAGAAAUACCAAAAGUCAAUGGAAAGUGAAAUAAAAAAACUGCAGGCAUCCAGCAGGGAUGCGACCAAGAGGUUCGAUGAAACUUUGACAAAGCUGUUUGAGAAGAAAGUGAAAUGUGAAAUGACAAUUUACCAGGAAGAGCUCAAGAUUACUUAUCUAAGUUUUUCAGUCCUCGUAGAAGACGAAAUGAGAAACCGAGAGCUGGAACUCAAGCUCAAACAUGAAAAAACAUUGGCAUACAAGGAUUUAAUUGCAGAAGAGGUGAAGAAACAUGAAGAAGAGUUAGAACUGUUUCAGGAGACCUUUGACAGCCUUGUUGCUGAGGACAAAGUUCUUGACAAAGAAUUCAGGAAGGAGUUCUUUGAUGUACCAAGCCAUGUGGUCGAUCACCUAUACAAGUUAUUCAAGCGUAGACCCAGGGUUCAAAAGAUGAGGACCCAGACCGACAACAGCUCCAACCCGUUUAAAGAGCAGCGUCUGUGUGGUUCUCUGGCUCCUGAUGCACUCGGCAAAAUGCUGAAGGCCAUGGAGGAGCUGGAUGCUCCGGAGAAUAUACCAGAAGGCCUGAGCCCAGCCAUCUGGGAGAGGUUUUGUCUUGUCCGCAGAGCAAAAGUAGAGAGUGAGCAAAAGGUAAAAGUAAAAGCUUUGACUCUUGCUGAGAUGCAUGCGUUCCUGCAGAGGAGGAGAGACGAGGAGAACGCUGCUCAACAGGAAAUUAAAAAUCUCUCUGACGGGCUUGAAAGUCUACAUAAGGAGAAAAAUCGAUUCCUGACUGACGUCAUGGUCCAGGUCCUGCUCAAAAAGGGCCAGACGGAGGUGUCCACCACAGACCUGACUGCUGACUACACUGACUCUGUGCUCCUCCGCAGGAGUGUGGUGGAGGACCUCAACAGAGCCAUCAGGACACUCGGACAGCAGAAGAUAGCCUCCAUGGUGGAGUGCAAAGACUUCCGUAAGGGCAUCAUCCAGCUGCAGUGGGAGCACAGGAUGAAGCAGAUGCAGAUAGAGGACUUCACCAGCAAGGCGAGGGACACCCAGAUGUUACAAAUCACUGAGGAGCAACAGGACUAUCUCAACAAGAAAGAUCGAGACAGCCGCGAGUCCAAACAAGUUUCCAUCCUGGAGAAAACUAUAGCUUUCCAGGAACAGACUCAUCAGCAGAAUGUGCAUCAUCGCAGGAAAAAGAUUGAACAGCUUAACAGGCAGGCAGCGACGAAAGCCAAGAAGAGCGCAGCUGUAGAGCAGCAGCUACCGAACAUGCAGGUGACUGUAAUGGAGCGGAGUCACAUCCAUGAAGCAACAGCGUCAGAGGAAAAUCAGGCAGCUAAAACAGAAGAGCGCUACCAGGAAAUCGUUCAGAGGAGGAACUUUGAAGACCUUGCCAGAGCGCAGGCGGAGGAUCUCGCCUUCCUCCGGGCAGAGGUUGAGCGUCUGAGGAUGAAGAACUUUCCUUCACUUAAUGAGCUGAAACACAACUGAGCAAAAUCUUCAACAGAA